AGUCUCAGGCUCAAGACUGAUUCGCUCAACCGUUUUUUUUCCGCUUGAGCUGCCCGCGAGGGAGUCAUUACCGCUGCACUUGUGAUGUGGAUGCCGCAGGCUCUGGUCCCAGUGGCACCGCUGCAGCCCAUGGGCCCGUUCACGCCGCGCGGGGUGGUCGGCCAGGGGCGAAGCGUCGUGUGCGUGGCCCAGAACUGCGCACGAGCUCCAGUACUCGGCGCCUCUCCACAGGGCCCCCCCGUGGGGGUGCCGCCCGCAGUGCUGCAGGCGCAGCGCGACGCGUCGCGUGCCGAGCUGGCAGCCGUGAGAGCUUCCCUGGACCAGGCGCGCGCGGAGAUCCUCCGGCUCCGGGCGCAGGAGGCGGCACCGGUCGCCUCUGGCCAGUCUUCCGCAGCGGGGGGGACGGCGGGGCCGCUCGUGCCCACUCUGCCGUCGCUGGAGGCUCUGCGGCAGGCGCAGUGCGCGGGCGCCCUCCGGGGCAGCAGCUGCGCCGUGAGCUGCCAGAUGAGCGCAAGGUCGCAGCGGUCUUCUGCUGCAGGCAUGCCUGUCAGCACCUCGCGGCAGGCGUCGCCGAGGCAGUCGCCACAGGCGUCCCCCAGGCAGCUGCUGUUCCGAUCAGUGCGAUCGAACAACGAGCUUCGCGGGAGCCUGGUGAGUCCUCGGGCGGCACAGGAGACCCCCAGGAGCGUACGUCCCAUGCCCAGGACCCCCUCACCCGUGCGAGAGCGGCCCGCUGCAGCUGCACUAUCCAUGAGCGCACAGCUGCCGACGAGAAGCUGGGCCAGCAGGGAGGUUUGCGAUCUGCGUGACGCGUCGCGACCCCCCUCGACGCUGUCUGCACCGGCAGCGCCAGAAGUGGGGUCCUCCGUCUCCAUCACUGGCGGCGGCGUGCAGGCGCGGCACAGCGUGCAGGCUGCCCCUGUGUGCCACAAGGCCCACGCCCACUCCCGGAUGGAGGGGCUGCCGUGCCCCACGGCGACGAUCCUGUCCAGGGCACCGUCGCCAGUGCGUCAGCGGGUCCAGAGCCCACAGCGGGUCCAGAGCCCUGGCGUUGGCAGGGUUUCUUGUCAGAGGAGGGCCACCCUCCCCACGAGCGCGGCUACCGCUCGUGUGCCAAGCUGCACCCAAGCCGCGGGCGACAAGGCUCCAGAUACGGCGAGUGACCUGCAGGACGUUGGACCACACACUGUCUCUGGGAAGCUCCGCCGCCCAGUGAAGAGCUUGGCUGACCACUGCAUGGAGAUGCAGAGCGUAUCGACGAAGGAUGGCAAGACUUCUGUCUCCUGCUCGAACGGGACGUCUCUGGCGACGUUCGCGGAGUUGUGGGAGGAUGCUGCGCCAGGCACUGACGACUCCCAGACGUUUGAUGGCGUCGCCGCCGAGUGGGCCAAGGCGCUCGACGAGCAGUGGGCAGCUGCCUGGGCUUCAGCAAGCGAGCCUCCUUCGGGAAGUCUGCCUGACACAGGUGUGGGCGCGCCCAUGCACGGGAAAACAGUCGAGUAUGCCCUGGGCGCCGAGGAGUGCAGCUGUCGCUAUCCGACGAGGGCCUGACGGAGCCACUCUCACACGUACGCUUCGCGGGGGCGAUGCCCGCACCUGGCAGCCUGGACGAGCUGUCUUAGCGGCUGGACGACGACACAGUCUGUGAUCCGGAGGAGGAGGAGGGAGGAUGAGGAGGAGGAGGAGACAGCUGGGCAGCAGCAGCGGCGCAGCACCUGCGCACGCGACCUGAGUCCCUUCGGCCACCUGGGCGCGGCUCCUGUCUGUCCGCUCGGGACCGAGGGUCGCCCGUGCUGCGCGAGCACCGCCGCGCGCCUCUGCUCGAGCGGCGCAGGUGCCGCCGAGAUGUGGCGGUGACCCCGACGCUCCCGCGUCGGGCUCCUUUGGCGCUCGGGGCUGGCCGCUGCGCAGCGAGUCUCGAGCGAGGCUCAGCAGCGCCCUUCGCCGCCCGCGGUGCAGUGGCGAGCAGGGACGACCCGAUCAGGAGCCACAUCCGAAUGCCAGUUGUUUAAUUCGCCUAGCCGUGGCACCCCUGUGUCACGGCACCCGCGGAAUUCGGACGGUUUUCAAAUUAGGGAGCCGCAUUCUACGAGCAAACCCCAUACGAGAGCAACAAAAGCAGCUCCCAAAAUGGCUUAUACCUGUUGCGUUCGUCCAUUGGCUUGCGCCUCCCCUCGUAUGCCUCCCAUCUUCAAGGUGCUGCUCAGGGUCUCUGUGCAGUGAGAAUAUCCAAUUUUGCGCUGGUCGCUUUUCCAGUCCUGCUUGCGCAACAUCAUGAUACUCCUGAGUUUCUUCUCGGGACAUGCGCCCUCACUUGAUGCUGGCGACAAGCUAGUGUAAAACACGUUCUUGCAUCGUGUUCGCUUCAUCAGCUGCCAGUGUGGUGGUGCACACGCACACGCUUUUGGAGCGUGUGUGUUGGCAAGAAGAAAUUCUCAGUGCAGCCUGUCCUCAG